AUGUCGUCGUCUACCGUUUCACGGAUCACCGAACGUAUUUUUAUGAAAUAUGCCCAAAUUGUCAUUGAAUAUCCUGUCCUUGUUAUUGUACUCACUGGUACAAUCUCAGUAUUUUUGACUUGUUGGUCGUUGUAUUUCAAUUUUGGAGUUAUUGAUUUGGAUCCGACAAAGGGCUUCGAAACCAGGGGCACAUCUCUAUCCUCCGCUCGACUAACCCUAGAAGCAAUGAAACCCCAUCAAGCAUCGAAUGAAAAUAUAUUGAGAUGGUAUUUCCAACAAGACGCGGCGCGUCGGAAACGAGAUUUGAUGUCUACAAGUACCCUCGACUACCCACCAAUUACCGUUAAUUAUGAUGAUUAUGGUGUGGACUCAGAGCCAAAUGAAUCAGAUUUGGAGGAUCCUUGUGAAAUGUACGGAGCCAUCGGAAAAUCGUUUCCAUAUGAUAUGAUUGAGUACUUGGGGAAGGUUAUGGUUAGAGUUUCCAGUUAUGAUGAUCUCUUCACACUACCCGUCAUGGAGCACCUAUGCCACGUGGAUAGUAUUCUGGAUGAGAUUAGUGAGGAAUUCAACUUCACAAAAGCUUUAAAACACUCCCUGAAUAUCCCACUUUACACCAAUUGCCCUAAUAUCACAACUGAGAAUUCUUGUGAUGCAUUGAAUCAGUUAGAUAUUUCAAAUUUUCGAAAGCUCCUUAAGGAAUGUCGGGAGGAUUCAAAGCUAGAUUUCUGCUCAGCGUUCUCUAUAAAUCAAGUGAACAAUUGGUUGCUGCCGAUGGAUAACUCGACGGAGGUUAUGGUUACGGUGGUUUUAAAGAUAACAAUGUGGAAUGGUGUAGAUGACCGUGAGGUCUAUGACAACCUCAUAGAUAGACUAAAAUCUCAUUUCGAACAAAACCCGCAUACCCGGAUGGCCGGCGUCUCAUUGAAUAUGAAGAAUCGAGUUUUUCAGGAGAAAAUUCGAUCGGAUAGUUUAAUAGCUGGGUUAUCGGCUUUCCUCGUCUUCACUUGCUUCCUAAUCUACUCCAGAAGCCUUGUAUUCACUUGUAUCAUUCUAAUCGUUGUCACGUUGUCGGCUGGUGUCGCGUUUUUUGUUUAUACGGAAAUUCUCGGAAUCGACUUCUUCCCGUUCAUCAAUCUUCUAGUUGUGGUGAUAUUGAUUUCUAUCGGAGCGGAUGAUGCGUUUUUGCUUCUCGUUUAUUAUAGAAGGGAAGUUGAGAAAAUGUCGCACCUCGAGUACAAAAUCGGCUCCAUCUACAUCCCCCUUUACCGCGAAUCAGAUCUCCUCUCUCGCAGUCUGCGUCUCUCCCUUCAUCACUCUCUCGUCUCCAUGUUUGUCACCUCGCUAACAACUGCAAUAACUUUUUUGACGAAUUUGACAAGUCCUGUGAUAGUUUUAAGGUGCUUCGGAAUCUACGCGGCCAUCACCGUAAUCAUCAAUUACCUUCUCGUGGUUCUAAUCCUUCCUGGAGCAAUCAUUCUGACACGCCCUAUCAGAAGAAAUCGGAAACCAACGGAGCAAAAAAUUGAGCCAAAUCCAAAAAAUUCCACCAACAAGCUCACCGAGUUCACAUUUUACUUCCGUUUCGCUAUUGUUCUCCUCAGCUCGAUCCUCACCGCAUUAUCUAUUUUCAUCAUUUUUCAAAAUCCAGGUCUCACAAUCCCUCAGACUAAUCCGACCAAACUCCUCGUUAACUCAAAUCUCCACGAAUACUUUGACAACCACUUGCAUCAUUUCAACUUCCAUUGGCAGAGAUCAGCGAGAUUAGUGAAGAAUUAUAUUUUUGGAGUGGAGCUAGUCAGGGAGUCCUCCUCACUCAGCCCGUAUCACAAACCUGCCAAAAACUUUUCCGGCGGGGUGAAUUUCAAAUUGGAUACCGAGAAACUGGACUUCUACCGACGGCUUGUAAAUCUGGAAUCCCAAAAAUAUACAUUGGAAAACUAUACGCAUUUGUCAUGGACUGAUAGAAUGUUACAGGCUAAUGAGUCGUGUCUCUCGGAGAAUAAAACCAUCCCCAACGCCUGCAUCCUCUCCGCUUCCAUCCGCCAGAAGAACUUAAUCCAUCAAUUCCCCGACGACUUCGCCGUGAUUCCAGGAGAUGGCCCAUUUGUAGAUCACGACUUGAAUGUUGUUGGGUACUUCAUCUCAAUCCCAUCAAACGAGAAAUUAAGGGUUGACACUGAAGUGAUUGGUUCGUUUUUUGAAGAAAUCGAAAAGUCCUGUGAGGCAAUAAAAAACCAAACCAGUGACCCUGUCCUUUGUCUCUCCUCUACAGAGAUCACCAGGUUCUACGAUAUUGUCUCGCAGCUACGAUCAUCUAGCUUCAUUUCUGUCUCCAUCUCACUCGCCGUUUGCCUCAUUGUGAUCAUCGCCUGUACUCGUGUUAUCAAACUUUCCGUUUUGUCCUCCACAGUCAUUUUCUUUGUUAUACUUUGGACUGUGGCCAGCCUCAUUUUGUUAGGCUGGAAACUCUCGGUCGUCGAAUCCACCAUCCUUAUCAUCACAAUCGGCCUAAGCUUUGACUACACCCUCCAUUACGUCGUUGCUAUUCGGGACACCAAAUUCUCGAGCCCAACGGAGCAAGUGUCAUCUGCUCAUUCCACCGCCGGUAUCGCGUGCUCUUUCGGCUCCAUCACUCUAUUUCUCGCCGGUCUUCCAUUACUUUUCACACAAACCGCAUCAUUUUAUCAGAUCGGCACAAUGUUGGUCACUCUUGGAAUCACCUCAAUUUUCGGUGCGGCUGUUGUACUCCCCGCCUUUGUAAUGUCCUUUUCGUGUAGUCGACAGCCAACAAAGUUAUAA